GGCGGGAAGGUCCGAAGGCGGCGGCCUGGGGCUGCAUGGGACGUGGGUCGGCCGCGAUCCAGCCCAGGCGGAGCCGGAGCUGCGAGCCACAGCCUAGAGGCCGAGGAGCUCACAGCUAUGGGCUGGAGACCCGGGAGAGCUCGGGGGUCCCCGUUCCUGCUGCUGCUACUGCUCCUGCUGCUCUGGCCAGUGCCUGGCGCCGGGGUGCUUCCAGGACAUAUCCCUGGGCAGUCAGUCACCCCCUACUGGGUCCUGGAUGGACGACCCUGGCGCGCUGUCAGCCUGGAGGAGCCGGUCUUGAAGCCAGACAUGGGGCUGGUGGCCCUGGAGGCUGAAGGCCAGGAGCUCCUGCUUGAGCUGGAGAAGAACCACAGGCUGCUGGCCCCAGGAUACAUAGAAACCCACUACGCCCCAGAUGGGCGGCCAGUGGUGCUGGCCCCCAACCACAAGUGGCCUGAUCACCCUCAGCAGCAAUGCCAGCUAUUAUCUGCGUCCCUGGCCGCCCCGGGGCUCCAAGGACUUCUCAACCCACAAGAUCUUCCGGAUGGAGCAGCUGUUCACCUGGAAAGGAGCCUGUGGCCACAGAGAUCCUGGGGACAAAGCGGGCAUGGCCAGCCUUCCUGGGGCUCCCCAGAGCAGGGACAGGCGAGAAGCGCGCAGGACCGGGAGGUACCUGGAACUGUACAUUGUGGCAGACCACACCCUGGUGAGGAGACCCCAGGGGUUGGCGGGGUCUGGGAUGGGGCCAGCUCAGCACCUCAAGCCACCAGGAUUUCUGCCUUCCCAGUUCUUGACCCAGCAGCGAAACUUGAACCACACCAAACAGCGUCUCCUGGAAGUCGCCAACUACGUGGACCAGCUUCUCAGGACUCUGGACAUUCAGGUGGUGCUGACCGGUCUGGAAGUGUGGACCGAGCGGGACCGCAGCCGCGUCACGCAGGACGCCAACGCCACGCUCUGGGCCUUCCUGCAGUGGCGACGGAGGCUGUGGGCGCAGCGGCCCCACGACUCCACGCAGCUGCUCACGUGGGUGCCUCUGACCCGGACGCGGGUCCUGGGCGGGGCGGCCUCACCUCCCGGCCCCGCCCGGUCACUCCGCGCUCCGCCCCCAGGGGCCGCGCCUUCCAGGGCGCCACAGUGGGCCUGGCGCCCGUCGAGGGCAUGUGCCGCGCCGAGAGCUCGGGAGGCGUGAGCACGGACCAUUCGGAGCUCCCCAUUGGCGCCGCAGCCACCAUGGCCCAUGAGAUUGGCCACAGCCUCGGCCUCAGCCACGACCCCGACGGCUGCUGCGUGGAGGCUGCGGCCGAGUCCGGAGGCUGCGUCAUGGCUGCGGCCACCGGGCACCCGUUCCCGCGCGUGUUCAGCGCCUGCAGCCGCCGCCAGCUGCGUGCCUUCUUCCGCAAGGGGGGCGGCGCGUGCCUCUCCAAUGCCCCGGACUCCGGACUCCCCGUGCUGCCGGCGCGCUGCGGGAACGGCUUUGUGGAGGCGGGCGAGGAGUGUGACUGCGGCUCUGGCCAGGAGUGCCGCGACCUCUGCUGCUUUGCUCACAACUGCUCGCUGCGCCCGGGGGCCCAGUGCGCCCACGGGGACUGCUGCGCGCACUGCCUGCUGAAGCCGGCUGGAGCGCUGUGCCGCCAGGCCAUGGGCGACUGUGACCUCCCUGAGUUCUGCACGGGCAUCUCCUCCCACUGUCCCCCAGACGUUUACCUACUGGACGGCUCACCCUGUGCCAGGGGCAGUGGCUACUGCUGGGAUGGCGCAUGUCCCACGCUGGAGCAGCAGUGCCAGCAGCUCUGGGGGCCUGGCUCCCAUCCAGCCCCCGAGGCCUGUUUCCAGGUGGUGAACUCUGCGGGAGAUGCCCACGGGAACUGCGGCCAGGACAGCAAGGGCCACUUCCUGCCCUGUGCAGGGAGGGAUGUCCUGUGUGGGAAGCUACAGUGCCAGGGCGGAAAGCCCAGCCUGCUCACACCGCACAUGGUGCCAGUGGACUCCACCGUUCACCUAGAUGGCCAUGAAGUGACCUGUCGGGGAGUGUUGGCACUCCCUGGUGCCCAGCUGGACCUGCUUGGCCUGGGCAUGGUAGAACCAGGCACCCAGUGUGGACCUAGAAUGGUGUGCCAGAGUAGGCGCUGCGAGAACACCGCCUUCCAGGAGCUGCAUCGCUGCCUGACUGCCUGCCACAGCCAUGGGGUUUGCAAUAGCAACCAUAACUGCCACUGUGCUCCAGGCUGGGCUCCACCCUUCUGUGACAACCCAGGCUUUGGUGGCAGCACGGACAGUGGCCCUGUGCAGCCUGAAAGUACACCAGUGGGGGGCAUGUGGGCAGGAGCUGGGGUGGUGCACCUGCUCAGGACUCAGUCCCCCUUCCCCCGAUCCCCGCAGACCGUGACACCUUCCUGCUGGCCAUGCUCCUCAGCGUCCUGCUGCCUCUGCUCCCAGGGGCUGGCCUGGCCUGGUGUUGCUACCGACUCCCAGGAGCCCAUCUGCAGCGAUGCAGCUGGGGCUGCAGGAGGGACCCUGCGUGCAGUGGGCCCAAGGAUGGCCCACACAGGGACCACCCCCUGGGCGGCGUUCACCCCAUGGAGUUGGGACCCACAGCCACUGGACAGCCCUGGGCCCUGGCCCCAGGGUCUCCUGCUGACCAUAUUCACAGCAUUCACCCUCCACCAUUGCUCCCGGGCCCCGAGAACUCUCAUGAGCCCAGCAGCCACCCUGAGAAGCCUGUGGCCCGCAGUCCCGCCUGACCCCCAAGCAGAUCAAGUCCAGAUGCCAAGAUCCUGCCUCUGGUGAGAGGUAGCUCCUGAAAUGAACAGAUUUAAAGACAGGUGGCCACUGACAGCCACUCCAGGAACUUGAACUCCAGGGGCAGAGCUAGUGAAUCACUGGACCUCCAGCACCUUCAGGCAGCUUGAAAGUUUCUUCCCCGAGUGGAGCUUCAACCCACCCACUCCAGGAACCCAGAGCCACAUUAGAAGCUCCUGAGGGCAAGGGGACACUGCUGGGCACACUCUCCAGCUCAAUAAUCCAUCAGUCCCAGAAGCAAAGGUCACACAGCCCCUGACCUCCCUCACCAGUGGAGGCUGGGUAGUGCUGGCCACCUGAAAAGGGCUCUGUCCUGGGAGCCUGGUGCGUCUCCUACAUGCAAUUUCCACAGACCCAGCUCUGUGGAGGGCAUGACUGCUGGCCAGAAGCUAGAGGUCCUGGGGCCCUAUCAUUUGACUGAGUUCCCACUGCCCCUGCAAACAAGCAUAAUUUUGGAGAACCUUCCUUCCUGUUUCUUCCCACCUUGUCUUGUCCCCUAGGUGGUUCCUCAGCCUCCACCAACAAUCCCAGUGCUGCACCUGAAGUUCUGGAGCUCAGAGUCUGACAGCCUCUCCCCCAUUCUGUGUAUGGGAGAGGACAGAGGGAACCAUUUAAGAAAAGAUACCAAAGUAGAAGUCAGAAGAAAGACACGUUGGCUAAGCAUGGUGGCUCAUGCCUAUAAUCCCAGAACUUUGGGAGGCCGGGGUAGGAGGAUCACUAGAGACCAGGAGGUCCACACCAGCUGGGACAACAUAGCAAGACUCUGUAUCUACAAAAAAAAUUUAACAUUAACUGGGCAUGGUGGUGUGUACCUGUAGGCCUCGCUGCUCAGGAGGCUGAAGCAGGAGGAUCACUUGAGCCUGAGUUCAACACUGCAGUGAGCUAUGAUGACACCACUGCACUCCAGCCUGGGUGACAGAGCAAGACCCUGUCUCUAAAAUAAAUUUUAAAAAGAUAUA